UUUCUAUGUAAAAGUUUCUUUUUUAAUUCCUUAAACAAUGCUAUUAGAACACCUAUUAACAUUUUUGAACUCGUUAAGAAGGACACGCGUAUUUUAUGUUCUCUUCAUUUCUCACUCACUCACUCAAAAACGUUUUUCAUCUCUUCAACAUUUCUAAACAUUCUCUGCUUUCAAGUUCUCGAAUCAAAUGCAAUUUGGGUUUCUACUUUAUUCAAAAGCACGAAUACAACAAGGUUCACCUCUUUCCGUUGCUCUGAACUCAGUCAGCAGUUCAUAGGGUGUUCAGCUCAGGUCAUGGCGUGCUCUGAUGAAAAACAUGAUCGAUUAAGCAAUCUCUCAGACGAUUUGAUUUGUCAUAUUUGUUCUUUCCUAUCAACAAAAGAGUCUUAUAGAACAUGUGUUCUAUCCAAAAGAUGGGAGUCGAUCUGCACCAAGAUUCCCAACCUUCACUUUCAAUUACCAGAGAUUUCAGACCCUGUGAUGUCCAAAGAAGAAAUCAAAUCUUUACAGCUCGCUUUCCAAAGACGCUCCGAUAAUAUAGUUAAACUAAUGCUUGACAGUAAGAUGGGCUGCCAGCCACAUGAUGUACACUUGUGGGUUUCAAAGGCAUUUGUAAAUUUUGCUCUCCUAAGACGCACCGAAAAUAUAAGAAAACUAAGGCUUGAUAGCGAAAAAGGCUGCCAGUCACAUGAUGUACACAUGUGGGUUUCAAAGGCAUUAGAUCUCAAGGUCCAGGAACUUGACUUGGAUCUGUUUCUCCAUGAAAAAGUUUUAUUGCCGCUCCAGCUUUCCACGUGUGAGUCACUCGUGGUCUUAAAAUUGCGGGGCAGAAUUCAACCAACACUCAAUUCUUCUUUUCAUGUAUAUUUACCGUCACUAAAGAUUCUUCAUCUCCGUGAAACUGUGACAUAUUCUAUGUUUGAUGAUGGUAUGGAGUAUGAUCUCAAUAAUUUUCUAUCUGGUUGUCCACAUUUGGAGGAACUUCUUUUACAUGAUACCUUUGCAUUACCGAUCAACACCUCUUUUCACUUAUUGAAGAGAUUAUUCCUUUUGUUAUAUAUGCCUACUUCUUCUAUUAAGUGUUGUCCACUACAAAUUAAUGCCCCGUCACUUGAAGUUCUUCAUGUAGGUGAUGUUUCAUUGACUCCUAGAAAAUAUGACUUGACAAACUUAUCCACUCUUGAUGAAGCUGCUAUUUGCAUUUGCAAGCGUCCGGAUUUUAACAAUUUGUAUACACUCUUGAAAGGACUUUCUAAUGUCAAAACAUUGGCUCUCGGUUCUAAAACUUUUCAUUUUCUCAGCAUGGAGGACAAACUUGACAGCUUGCAUCUUCUCACUUUUCACAAUUUAUUAUUUUUAACAGUUGAAAUAUCUGAGAAUUGCAGUUGGAAUAUGCUCAUCAACUUUCUACAGAAUGCUCCAAAACUUAAGGAUCUUGCAAUUGCGGUUGGAGUUCAGUGUGGAAAAUUUGAAAUCAAUUCCCGAAGAAAGGAGGUUGGAAACUCUAGAUGGGUGGAGCCAUCAGUAACUCCGGCAUGUCUUACAACCAGUCUCAUUACAUUUGAAUUUAAAGGAAUUCAAAACAUUAAAACUGAGUUGGACUUUACGCGAUAUAUUGUAAGUCACUCAACUAAGUUACAGAAGGUAAAGAUUUUCACACUCAGUUCAAAGAAAAGAAGAGUAGAAAAAAGUUUACGCAAGGGGUCAAAGAAAUCCUCCUUACUAGUAUGGGAUAUUAAUUCAAUUGAAGAUCAUUUGGAUUCCUCCAAGAUUUCAAUGAAGACCACUCAACCCUCUUAAUCUAGUUAUCAAAACUUAUAUUGGUUUGUUGCCAAGUUAGAUGUUCGAUAUAAAUUAGGUGUCAAAUACCAAAUUUAUAAGUGCUUGCUGUUUUUGCCAACAAAAAAAAAAGGAAGUGUAAAUUUGUUUACAAAACUGAACGCGUAUAAGAUUUCUUGUGUUUGGUAUA